UUUCGUAGUUCGACCUGUUAUAUUGCCCUUGAUGAAUGUAAGAUAUUAAAAACAAUUUUCGUUUUUGCACAUUCUUAUUACGUAGCUCAAGGAAAUAUAUCGUUUGUCCAAUAAAAAUUUGAAAGGAAAACCGUAAGAGUACAGCCUGUUUAUACAUUCCUCAUUGGAAUUAAUACAAUAAUGACAAUGAAGCAUUAGACACAAUGCUUAUACCAGGGAUAUCAACCGUCAAGAAUGAACCAUCAUGCAUCCCAAACCUCCUUACACCUCCCUAGUAAUGCUAGUGAUAUCCAGCAAUUACAAGAGGAAAACGAACUACUGCACGGAAAAAUUAGAGGAUACUUAACUUUAGGAAAUUUACUACUUGAGAAAAAAGAAGAGUGUCAAGCAUUGCAGGAGGAAAACAAAGCUCUCCGAGAAGCAUUAGAGUUGAUACAGAAAAACAACCAAUCACAGCCUGACGUAAUGGAUCAUGAAAUAGAGGUUACAUUUAACAAGGUUAAAAUUGAAGGUCCACCAUCGUUAAAUACUGAAAAUCAACAGAAGCACACCACUGAACAUUUUCCGAGCUACAUCCAUAACACAGCUUCAAUGUCCAACUCUUCUCCCCCCAAAGAUGACACCACACAGGCCAAGCCUUUUCUGGAUGACAAGAUGCCAACACAAGAGUCCCUAGAAUUUGAAAACCACAAUGCAAAGAAUCGGAGCUCUCAUACCUCAGAAUCAGCCUCCAGUUUUGAGAGAAUAGACCCUACCCCCUCUGGAUCUCUUAUGGAACAGAUGAUGAGGCAAACUAACUCUUCUCCAAACUUAAACCGGCAGCUCUCGACAAAGGUCAACUACACCAGUUCUAGUGGUAGCCUCAAUCUGAUGGAGUUUCCGUCAAUGUCAGAGUCUCAACAGGUCAUUAGCAGCCCCCAGGAAGAACUCUUUGAUCCAGUUGAUGCCCAAAAUAAUCCAAGUGGAGAUAACAAAGAGGAGGAAACAGUUCUGAGCAUAAAGGUUAGCCAGGUGGCAGGUACCAUGGAUCUAACGACGGACGGCCCUGCCGAGAAAAUGAGGAAGUUCCUGGAGGAGCUCGUCCCAGAAAUUGAAAAACAGGAAGAAGAGACCAAAAAAUUCAAGACAUGCAAUUUAGCACUUAAAGAAGAAAUAGAACAAGAAAAGUUGGAGAACCGUCGUCUGCUACAGAGGAUCCAACAACUGGAACAUCAAGUCAACAACCUGAGCCCCGCUUCAUCCAUGUCCUCACAGACACAGGUCUUAGACUGGGAACAACACAGGAGAAAAGACGCACAGAAAACAGAGAAUGGUAGAGUUAGUAGCAGAGAACAGGAAACCAUAGACAAAUUACAGAAGGAGACCCAGAAAUGGCGGGAUUAUUUUGGUCAGUGGACGCGGGACAAGGAGAAGUUAAAAGCAGAGAAUGAUAAACUGCGGACAGAAAUCACAAACUUCAAAGCUCAGGACGAGAAACGCCAGGAGGAAUUUGACAAGAUCCUUCUGAAUGCCAAGGAAAGAACUAAUGAGGCAGAGACAAGACGGGAAGAUUUACAACAAAGACUGGACAGACAAACUCUGAAGGUUGAGGCAUUAGAGGCAGAGGCUUAUCAGAGGUCAGAGGUCGUUAACGGACUCAAAAGGGAGAAAAGUGCUCUGGAGGCUGAGGUGAAUGUCCUUAAGGGAACAGGGAGUGGGGUUAGAGUCGUUGGACUUACAGAAAGCCGCAGCAGUGAGGAACUGAAACUAGAAAAUGCAGUUCUGAGAGAACAGCUGACAGUAUUUAAGGAAGACUUUGAUAGGGAGAGAAGUGACAGAGCCCAUGCCCAGUCUGUCAAGGACGACCUUAGAAAACAGCUGGAGGCAGAGCAGCGGAAGGUCAAGACUCUACAAGAUCAGCUGAGGGGGUUUGAGAGACAGCUUCGCAGUGCAGAGAAAAAUGUGAAGCAAACAAUGACAGAAAAUGUACAGUUACAUUCUGAAAAUCAAAAACUGAAAAAAGAGCUUCAGCGUGAAAAGGAUCGAAAUGCCCAACAGCAGUACUACCAAAUGAUGAAUCGCCCUGCGGUGCCAGAGUACCUCACCCCCUACAGGAGUCAGCCUGAGUCUGACCCACUGGCACAACCUGUACCCCCAUACAUGUUUCAAACAGCACGACCCCAAGACACUUCAGCUGAGUAUUUUCGACCCCAGUUGACCAAUAAGGCUCAGCUGUGUCCUGAACAGCUGCCUGGGGCCUGGGGAUGUCCUAACUGUACCUACACAAACCACCCCUCCCGGACUGUGUGUGAAAUCUGUGGAUGUGUGUUCACAAGAGAACAGCUUCAAAACUUUUACCAGCAGAAUACCAAUCAGUCACAACAUCUGAUGGCUCGGGGAGACACAGUGACACCUGGUGGUGAUGACCCUCGUGACCUCUGUACUGACUCUGGACGGAAGGCUGUCAACUGUCAUUAGUAUUCUUCAAAAUGCCACAUGCCUUUUAUUUGAAUAAUACCAAUGACAGUUGAACCCUUUCAGCUUCUGUUUUUCGCCCUCUGUGAAGAGACUAACACCAGUCAGAUCAAAUCAAUAGCUAUUUUUAAUCUCAGUAUGUUUUGGAAGUACCAAAUAUUUCAAUGUCAAGCUCAAAAAGCUUGCCAUUGAAAUAUUUUGUACUUCCAAAAUCACUGAGAUUAAAAUAUAAUUCAAAUAUUACCCCAAAUAUUUGAACCCUGCUUUUCGGCCCCAUUAUCUUGACAGGGGAUAUAAACAACACAGAAGCCACAAGUUUUGGAUAUACAUGUAUAUCAGUGUUAUGAGUUAUUUCCAUCACAAGAUCACGGAUGGAUGUAUUUUAGUUCUGUUGAUGAUUGACCACAUCUAAGUGGUCCAGAGUACCCAGGGGAGAUAACUCCCGAUUGUGUGGAAAAACAGAGACAAGUUUAGGUGAAGGAAGAAAUGUUAACUGGAACCGUAAAAUGGACGGAAUAAGAGUGGUCUGAAGAUUUAAGAUUCGGAGAUGCACCACUGUUGUACAGUUUUUCUGAGAAUUUCUUUGAGUUUCCACUGAAACAGAGAAGAUUAUUUUUGAACAUCAGAUUUUUGUGUUUUCGUUUACACAAAUUACUGGGCUGUUGUUUUUUUUCAAAUGAUUCAUGAUGAUAAUAUUCUAUUCAGUAUAUACAUUGAGUUGCACAAAGACGUACAAGGAUAGUGGACUUUUUUUAUGUUGUUGUGAUGUAUUAAAUUAUAUAUUUUAUUUUAUUUGAUUUUUAUUCAUGUCAAUUUUUUACUGUUUAUUUGUGUAAUGUACUGUAAAUUAAUUCUUUCUAAUAACUAAUACCUAUAAUUGUAUUCUGUAGAUAUAACCUUGGUACAUUAUGAUCUAUACUCCAGACAUAAUACUUUAGAAAAAUUAUUGAAAGCUAUUAAAAUUCUGAUUGAGAAAUUAAAAAAAACGUGUCUCUUAUAUAGUUUAUAUAUACUGUCUCAUGUAAAUAUGUACUAAAUUGUGUGAUUUUAUUAUAUGGUAUAGAAACAUUUCUUAUUUUUUCAUGAUUAUGUCAAAGGACAUUUUAAGAUACUGUGGUAAUAGCAGGAAAUUUACAAAGUAACUUUAGGAAUUUUAUUUGUAGUAAAUAUUUUUUUCCAACAAUAAAUCUUUAUAGUGUUAUGAUUAUGAA